AUGGUUGUGGAUAGGGCUGCUGCUGCACUGGAAAGGGCAGCUCGUAGAGCUGCAAUAGCAGUUGAAGAAGAUGUGGCUUCAGCUGCUGCAGCUGAUGGGCCACCUGCAAAGGUAUCCAAGACCGAUCAAGCCUUGAUCAAUGCAAAGGAGAAAUCCAGGCAGCGCAGGGCAAUUGCUGUAAGCCUGAGCAGUGCAUCCACGGAACCUGGCACCUUGGAAGAAGCUCGGGGUAUGGCAAAGGCUGCUGUGGCUGCUGCGAAGGCUGAUGCAUUGCGCACUCCGCCUCCAAAGGCCCGAGUUCCAAUUGACCAAGACUCGGGUCCUAAAUUGGACCCGGCUGUGCAAAGUGUCCAGAUCAUGAGAACAGGACAUCGGCGUCAGCAUGUGGAGGUUGCUGGUGCUGGUGGUGAGCAGCCUGCAAAGAUUCCACGAACAAGCGAGGCGCCAGUUGUGCCUGCUAAGUCAGUGCCUGCUGCAACAAAGGCAGCAGCUUCGAAGGCUGGACGAGCUCCGCCAACUGCUCCAGCAAAGGCCAAGGCCGUGCCAGUUGCACAGCCUGUGCCAUCGAAGCCCGCUGCACCGCCACAGGCAGCAAAAGCAGUUCCUACACCUCGACCUCCAGCGCCUGCUCCAGCAAAGGCAAAGGCCGUGCCAGUUGCACAGCCUGCACCGCCACUGGCAGCAAAGGCAGUUCCUACACCGGCAGCAAAAGCAAAAGCGAUCAAGAUCGAGAACAGUACUUUGGAUUGCAACCAAUCUCAAGCUGUGCUAGCUUCUUUGCGGAGGCAGUCAACGGAGAACCUGGGCACACCUGCACAUGAGAGCACGGCACCAGUGAAACCUGCAGAUUGUCCAGGUGAUGAACCUCAUGAAUCGGAACCUCAUGAAGCGGAUGGUGACACACGUUUGGACCCGACCGUAGAUGAAGAGAGUCUUCGGAUGAAACGUGAAGCACACGCGCGCUUCAUGUCCAAAGAGAUGGCUACGGUGGUGCGCCGGGAGAUGAAGCCUCACAGAGAGAAGCUUUCCGAGCUGCGUGACGUCUUGGAGCAGGAGGUUGCAAAAGCCAAGGAGAGUGGAAUCGCAGCCCACGCUGGAAGCCAGCACUUGGGGCGGAAGUCUGGACACAAUGACUCGCGUGACUUUUGGCGCUUCACUGAUAUUCCGGUAGCAAUGCGGGAAGUGUCUGUCCCAGUGAAGGAUAGCAAAGCACCUGGAAAAUUCAGGCAUGAAAAACAGUUGAUGCUCUAUCCUCACGAUAUCAUUGCCUAUGUGUUCAAUGUCGCAAAACUGGAGAUUGAACAGCAACGAGUGGACGACUAUUGGAACCACCACCUGGCUUGCAGAUCGCCCUUUGCCAGUGAAGACUCGAAAGGAAAAAUUCCUUUGGGGUUAUACGGGGACAAGGCACAGCUCCAGACCAAAUAUCGAGUGGAGUCCAUAUUCUGCUUAUUCUUGAGCUUUCCCUUAUUCAGACCUCGUUCCAUUAGAUACUCUCGCUUCUUGCUUUGGUCUUGCGACGUGGCACUGCUGUACAAAUCACGUACAGUGAACACAAUUCUUCGGAAACUAGCGUGGAGCUUCAAUUAUUUAGCCACUGGCCGUUAUCCAACUUCCGGCCCUGGUGGUGUUGCACUCUCGCGAGUGGAUCAGAAUCGCGCUGGAAGUCAAGUUACUCUUCAAUUUCACAAAUUUCAGGUGACGGAGUACAGAGGUGAUUGGGAACAUCACAAAAGCCUGUGGCAGCUGACUUGCAGCUGGAAUGGCAUUGAAACAUGCCACAGGUGCACAGCCAGGUCUAAAGGAAACGCGGGUCUUCUAUACUGGAACCUGGAUCAGAACGCUCGAUGGCGGUCUGAGGAGUUUGACACCAAUGACUUCAUUAACAAUCGGUUGCCGGAGUCUCAUAUUUGCCCCCUGAUCAAUGUGCAUGCAUUCCAUCCAUCGUGCAUACGGUGGUGCACGAUGCACAUCCUUAAUCUGGGUUUGGUCUUUGGAUUGAAUGGAGGUGCACUGUGUCUCCUAGCAGAGCGGGUGGGGCAUUUUGGACCUGGGAGCUUCCAGGAUCAACUGGACCGCGCAUAUAAAGACUUUGUUGCGUAUUGCCGGCGGCACCGUCUUCACCACAGCCAGCCACCAUUCAAAGAAAAACACGUCAAAAUGAAAACUGGUGAGAUCUUAUUGCUGGCAAAAGCAUGGAAUGGCAGAGUUCUCGUUGAUUGGCUCGCCUCUACAUUGAGGGAGGUUGCACCCAAUCAUCCAGGAUUUGAUGGUGGGAUCCUUGAAACGGCGUGUGUUGCCCUGCAACUCAGCGAUAUUUUAAGACUUUGCUUUUUGUUUUCAACAACAUCCUUUAAAACAUGUUAA